UGCUGUACAAAAGGCUUUAGCGUCAGUCGCUCUUGUUUUACAUAAAGCCCAGAAACGGCUGUUUGAAGCCGUCGUCGUCGUCUUCUUCUUCCAGUUCUUCAUCCUUCUCCUUUCUCUCCUCACGGCAUCAACAAUCAUCACUCAUCUUUUCCAAAGGUAUGGCAGGGGAAAAAUUGGAUGAAAAUAUUCCUUGUGAGGAAAAUGGGACUGUAGAAUCUUCGAAUGGCAAUGGUAAUGGAGAAGCCGCUCAACAAUCUCCAACUGUUGAGAAAGAUGAGGAUGACGACAAAGAUGUUUCAAAAAAGAAGAAGAAGAAAAAUAAGAGCAAGAAAAAGAAAGCACAGGCAGAGCAUACUGAUCCACAAUCUUUAAGUGGGCAAACUGAUCCACAAUCUACAAGUAGGCAAACUGCUCCACAAUCUACAAGAAGGCAAACUGAUCCACCUUCCAUUCCUCUUAUUGAUCUGUUCCCACAUGGGGAGUUUCCUGAGGGCGAAAUUCAACAAUACAGAGAUGACAACUUGUGGAGGACUACUUCUGAAGAGAAGAGGGAGUUGGAGCGCCUUGAAAAACCAUUAUAUAAUUCAGUUCGUCGAGCUGCAGAAGUUCAUCGCCAGGUACGGAAAUACAUCAAAGGGAUUUUAAAGCCUGGAAUGUUGAUGACUGAUUUGUGUGAGACUUUGGAGAACACAGUCCGUAAGUUAAUAUCCGAGAAUGGUCUGGAAGCAGGCAUUGCAUUCCCCACAGGAUGCUCUUUGAAUUGGGUUGCUGCUCAUUGGACCCCAAAUACAGGGGACAAGACGGUGCUUCAGUAUGAUGAUGUGAUGAAAUUAGACUUUGGAACUCAUGUUGAUGGUCAUAUAGUUGACUGUGCAUUUACAGUAGCAUUCAAUCCUAUGUUUGAUCCACUACUUGAAGCCUCACGUGAAGCAACAAAUACGGGUAUCAAGGAGUCUGGAAUUGAUGUGCGUCUUUGUGAUGUUGGUGCUGCAAUCCAAGAAGUCAUGGAAUCAUAUGAGGUUGAAAUAAAUGGGAAGGUGUAUCAAGUUAAAAGUAUCCGGAACUUGAAUGGACAUAGCAUUGGACCUUACCAAAUCCAUGCUGGAAAAUCAGUUCCCAUUGUGAAAGGAGGGGAGCACAAAAUGGAAGAGGGUGAAUUUUUUGCGAUUGAAACUUUCGCAUCAACUGGGAAAGGAUAUGUCAGAGAAGAUCUAGAGUGCAGCCAUUACAUGAAAAAUUUUGAUGCCGGCCACAUCCCACUGAGGCUGCCUAGGGCAAAGCAAUUGCUAGCAACAAUUAACAAGAACUUCUCCACAUUGGCGUUCUGCAGGCGAUAUUUAGACCGCCUGGGGGAGACCAAGUAUCUUAUGGCGCUUAAGAAUUUGUGCGAUGCUGGCAUUGUCCAGCCCUAUCCUCCUCUCUGUGAUGUUAAAGGGAGCUAUGUAUCUCAGUUUGAGCAUACAAUUUUACUCCGGCCAACCUGCAAAGAGGUCAUAUCAAGAGGCGAUGAUUACUGAUGUGGAUGAAGAUAAAUUUGUCUUGCAUAUCUGCAUGGGGGCUGUACCGUGUCUUUUUUCCCUUCCUCCUGUCGUUGUUUCUCAAUCCAGAAUUCUAAUGAACUGAAUAUUCAGCUCUUCUAUGUCUUUGGCAAGUAACGUAGGUUCCAAAAGACUAGGAUAACAAUUACAUUUAAAGCUGUUUUCAAUCUUCUUUUUUUUUUGCCAGAGCUGGGCACCAUAACUGUAGUUCCUGCUCUCUGAAUGAUCCUAUGAAAAUCAAUUUUAGUAAAGAGUUUCUUGAGCUCAAGAUUAAA